AAGAAAAACAACGAACCAGUCUGUUCCUUUCCGCAGAGCACUCCACCCGUAUGCAUGACGACAGUCCUUAUCUCUGCCUCCGCUCACCUAUGGCCUGCGGUGCCAUGAGGAAGACCUGCCUGCUGACCUGAUGCUUAGUGGACUUUCUCACGCAUGCAUGGAAUGCGGCAUGGACGUAGCCCUGGCAGCAUCCCUUCGUCCUUCGUGUGCGCUUGUGGCGCAUUACCAGACACCACAGGACUAAGACCCAGCACCGGCAGGCAAAAGGAAGGGUGCCAGUGUGUAGCUACUCGCCUCGGAUCCACGGUGGUACGGCUGAUUCCAGCUCUUGUGCUGAAAAGGGAGCGAUCUUCUCAGUGUAUAGUUGGCGACUGGGCCGGAGCGACCACGGCGCACCACAUGUUCAGGCAACUGGGUUUGGAAGAUAGCAUGCAAGGCGAUACGUUACACAGCAUCGAGUGCCAUAGGCGAUCCACCUUUGGCACCCGACCCGGUACCCCAUGACGCAGAACAAGUGAGCUGCCAAAUAUAGGCACCGAACCGUCCGCCAUUCUCGGCGGCCUGGGUCACAGGGUGCGCCAUUCUGGGGGCAGCUCGCACCAAAAGCAGAUCGCCAGCA